AUGGUGCUCACAUUCAUCGCCGGCUUCGGCGCCGUCUUUGGCACCGCCGAGGGCAUCCGUGCGUCGCAGGCAAAGUCGCGGCGUGAAGAGCACCGGAGCCGCAAGAACAACCUCUUUGUCCACUGCAUGAAGUCGACUCAGUACAGCCACCUGCUGGAGGGAAAGCAGGUUGUCCUAUCUGGCCACAUGUGCUUCAUCGACACGGGCAUGGCACACGACACCGCCUACGGCCACCCUUUCCUGGGCUACUAUCUCCCCUACCCGGAGGCCAAGUACUCGGGCCUCGUGAGCACCAUCACGGACGAGGCCCCCAUCAUGAACUGGGUCUUUGUCCACCACGAGACGUACCAGCUCAUGUACGGCAACCGGCAGCAGUCCGAGGGCCAGCUCUGCGGGCCCUGGGACUGCACCCGCCAGGACAAGCGUCUGACCUUUGCCGGCUGGGAAGGGUUCUGCGCGGUGCUCGAGGACGCGGGAUACUGGGGCGUCUACUUUGACGUCGACGGCGACAUGCUCCGCCGCCGGCUGCCGGGCAAGAUCGUCAUCGAGAUCGAGCUGGAGCGCCGCGAGCAAAAGACCAGGAAGCCGGUGUUUGAGGAGGAGAUGUCGGCCGAGGACAAGCUCAAGGAGGCUCAGGCCGAGGCCGAGGCGCUCGCAAAGGUCCAAGAGGCCCAGGCUGCCGCGGCGGCCGAGGCUCAGGAGAGGGCGAGGGAGCAUGCCAGGAGGCAGGCCGAGGCGCAGCAGAAGACCAACUCUCAGCAGACGCAGCCGCAGCAGCGCCAGGCACGCGCCAAGUCUCCACCGAAGGGAUCAUCGCCCCCGGCAACGCCAAAGACGCAGUCGGAAAAGGGCAAGCAGAAGCGGGAGGAGCGGGAAGUUCGGUCGGAGGAUCAGCCGAGGAGGCGGAGGAGGUCCAAGGACAAGAAUGGCGGGAAAGACAGGGCGAAAAGCCCACAGUCUGACAGUGGCGCACCGGGUCCUUCAUCCACAACGCGGGCGGCCAAGUCGCCAUCCAAGCCGAAGCGACGGCCCGAUCCAUUGCGGUCACCCAGCAGGGGGCCGAGCCAGACGCACAGCCAGGCCUCGUCUCGGUCCCACCAGUCGCACCGGACAAACAAGACGGGAGACGAAGGGAGCAUCAGCACGCGCGCCUCGACGCAGCGCAGCCGUGGACGUCCUAAACACUGCCAGAGCGCAAGUCGUGGUGGUGGUGUUGGUGGAGGAGGGGCUGGGCAGCAUACGACUGGCAUGAAGAGUCCAGUCUCGAAUCCGUCGAUGAAAGCCCGGAUGCAGAAUCGACGGGCGUCAAUGGCGUCGAUGAAGAGUCCCAUUCUGGAAACAGAGGCACCAAAGAUGCUUGGUGUGAGGGAGGAGCUUGAUGUCAGUUUCCCCAAGCUGGAUGAGUUGAUAAGAUCGCUCAAAUAUCAAAGCCCCAGUGUGGAGGACUCGGACGAGUCUGAAGACAUGCCGCCGUCGCCAGAUGUGGACUAG